GUCUAUGCAUGGAGCAUCGAUGUCGUGUUGCCCUUGACUCCCUCCAAUUUAAUUUCUGUUUGUAAUAGUACUCUGCAUUUAAAUAAUAUAAAAUCACGGUGAAAAAACUAAACAAUUACAUUAAAGUGUGGUGAAAAGUGAAAACAGUGUGAACUCUACUUGUACAAUCCAAAAUUCGCGAAGCGUCACCUGACUGAAGUCAUUGUCAUUUCCCGCCAUUGUGGUUCUUGUGAUUACACAUUUGCUAUUUUGUGCUUAAAAUUCAGUGCAGUUUAGAUGAAGCAUCCUUAAAAACACAUAAUUAGUGCACCUGAGUUAUGUCAUUACACGAUAAUGAUGUUUGUUUGCUAGAAGUAGAAGAUUACAACUUGUACGAAGAGGAGGCAUCUGAUCACGCUUUUACCAGGGGCGAAAAACAUUCCGCACCUGGGAGAAAAACAAUGGAAGCAGAAAAAAGAAUUCGUCGAGAGAUUGCUAACAGCAAUGAGCGCAGGCGCAUGCAAAGCAUCAAUGCUGGGUUUCAGGCAUUACGCACAUUGUUGCCUCGACAUGAAGGAGAAAAGCUAAGCAAAGCUGCUAUUCUGCAACAAACCGCCGAAUACAUUUACUCUUUGGAACAAGAAAAAACGAGACUUCUAUCUCAAAAUUGCCAGCUAAAAAGACUUCUGAAUCAACAUGAAGGAGGAGAAAUUCCGUUAAAGAAAAGAAAAAGUGAAAUACUCACUCACGUCACGACUCCUACCAUUAUACCCGAUUCUACGGACGACGCUUUAGCCAACUCUCGGUCUCCUGAACCCGUGGCUGUCAUAACAGUAACGAGCGUUCCUCAGAAAAAAGAUGCAGAGAGCGGAGACGUGCGGGUCCAACUUGAACGGGAGCGGCGAUUGCGUCGAUUACUCGAGGAGCGUCUACACACGUUGGAAAAUCAAUAUCCGGACGGGAGAGAAAUGCCUCGCCCCGUGAUCCACUUCGAUCAAACCAACGUUUCGGACUGCAAGCUCGAGAAAGACGACGCGGAGCCGGCGCCCGUCGCGGAGCCGGCCUCGACGGCGGCGCCUCUCCUGGAGGCGGCCAUCAAGGCGGAGCCCCGCGUGGAGGUGGAGAUGCUGCCCGAGGCGGCGCACGAGCCCCCGAGCCGCCUGUACAACCCGAACACGAGCCGGCAGAACCUCGAGACCAUCGUGGAGGCCAUCCGCCACCUGGAGGGCGACCACCUGUUCCGCGAGGAGGGCGGCGAGGCGCCGCUGGCGCUGACGAAGAAGGCGGAGCGCGCGCCGCCGCCGCGGCCCGGCGUCAUAGUCGUGAAGCACUCGUGAUUGCGUUAAACGUGUCUCGGACUUUUCAGCUCGUAUUUUUGCUUGUGCAGGGCGAGCUCUCCUGACCCUCCUCGAAUAUAGUUUUAAAUUUUAGUUAUUUAGUUCUCUUUUCCAAAGUGACGAAUCGAUAAGUCUGCGUCUUUGUUUAUUUUUUUACGCGUUGAAGUCAAAUUCAGAAUGGUAGGAGUUAGCCGUAUCAGGAUGCGUUGUUGCAUACGUCGUUUGGCGCUGUGCUUAGUUUAGUCUCAAAUUCAAUUAUUAUAAUUGUUGGAUUGUUAGCCAUAAUGAUGUGGGCUUAAUGUUACUCAACAAACUGGGGAAUGACUGACUUGAGUAAGGUUAUUGGUAUGAAGUGUGCCGCGUGCCAAUAUUAUUUAACGACGUUUCUAGCGAAGAUAAAACAAGUAGAAAUUAGGGGAAUUUAAUUAAAUAUUUGGUAAUAUUAGCUUUGUGAUAAUUUUUAUACUACAUAACAAUCAAACAAGACAUUCAGUUAAAAAAAAACAAAGAUUAUGGAAGCAAUAUAAUGCAUAAUGAGUUUGAUAGGAAAUGGUUGUUUGUGUAUAAUGUGGCAGCAAUAUUAUUAAUCAUCAGAUGAUGUGAUUAUAAUCAAUUUUAAAGGUUUUAGUCAACUAACAGUUAUGAAUAACUAAUUAGGUAAGGAUUGUGUAGGCAUGCGGCUACAAGACGUCAUUGACUUACUUUUACUCAAUUACAAAAGUAAAUAUUUACUUGAUGUAAAUAGCAGAAUCCUCCAUAAUAAAUAAUAAGUUAUAUAGAAGAUUACUGUAGAUUAGUAACAAUUAAUGGUUAUGAAUGUAUGUUCUUAUACCAGUGACCCUGCUUAUUUGUUUGUAUUAAAAUUUCCAGUUUACUGAUUGCUACUUUAUACUUGACAUUAGAAAAUUAUUGGCUAUUUGAAUAUUACUCAUUAAUACUGAUAGAAAUCAGAUUUUAGAGCAUUCCAUGUUAUUGGGUACUCCAACUUAGUUAAUGGAGGAACCCUUAUAAUUAUAGUUAAUUGCAGCAUGGGUUAUUAUAAUAUUCAAAUAAACAGAUUAGUAUAAAUUAUGUAUUGCUUAAAAUAAUGAGCAUUUUUAUGAAAUCCUCUUAAUAUAGAAUAUGGGGAGUUUACAGUUAGGUCUCAGAAUAAGUGAACCUAUCUUUCAUUAAAAUUUGACAUGCGAAAUGUUUCAAUAAGUCAUUUAAUUAAAUUUACUGAGGCAUAGGGUAAAGUACUAUUAAACGAGUGAUGAUCUAAUCAUCAACUCAAUAAGUCCACAAGUAGUGAAGGUAUUUCAUUACUGAUGACUUGUGUUUUAUGGAUUUUUCACGGAUCCAUUAUUUAGGUAAUAUAACGCUUAACAGUGAUUUAAUUAUUGUUCGCUUUAAUGUGCUGUCUUUUUUUGUUGAAAAUUUAACCAGCAGUGCUUUUUUGUUAAUAUUUCCUUCUCUCGUAAGUGUAUAUGUUUUAAGUUCGACUCAGCAACAGAGUGGAUCAACACGAUGUAUUAUUUACAGAGACAGUGCCGCGAUCCACAUGGGGUCAUGAAUUUUUUAAGACUGAUCAUUUAUUCAUUAUUAAGUUACGCUAGGUCGAGCCACCAUAUUGGUAGUCUUAAUGUGUGCGUGCGUGUGUUCCGUUCAAGUAGCUAUUUAUGUGUAUGUACGUUGUCGUUAUACUAAUCUAGUAUUAGGUGUUAAAACGAUCCGCCAGACUUACGGAGAUUCAGUCUUCGGGAAUCAUUCUUGGUUUUAAGAAGUGUUAAUUAAUCAAUCAUGACAUAAAUGCUUGAGAAAAAUUAGGAAUCUCCUUAUAUCUGUUGGAUCUAUAAUCUAAUGCUUACUUUGUAAUGUGGUGUGAUAAAAUGUAUUAUUUAUUUUGCAUUUAACAUGUCAUUGUGUCAUAUUUACCGCCGGUUUCUGAACUAUGCGAUAAAAAUCAACAGCUCGUUAAGUGACUGUUUACUGCUCUGAUUGGUCGAUAUGAGUCUCGUCGACCAAUCACAGCAGACUAUCUAAGCGUCGCGAGACAAACCGUUGAUUUUGAACGCCUAGCUCAGAAACCGGCUGGUUAGAGCUUCAGUCUUAACAUUGAAAGAGGCAGGUUUAAUACUUUUGUAGUCCAAUGUACCCUAAACGGUAUAUACCAAUUGUUUUCCUUGAUUCUGAUAGAUUUGGGCUCUCACAUUUUCAAUUAUUGUAAGUUACAAGUGUUGUAAAGCUUGCUACUGUAGUACCGGUAGGUACAGCGUCAGUAUACUAGGUGUGGUAUAGCUAUCUUAUUGUUUUCAGUUCAGUUGAACAAGUCUUUUAUGAUAUGCGUCCGGUUCCGCAGCCCUUAGAUAGGCUUACGACGUCACGACAUUAGAGUCCGUUUUAAAUGCGGGUUGACAGAAGUAUUGCUCACUCAGACAACUAUAAAAUCUGAAAAUAAAUAUUAUAUUUACAAUUUACUGGUUUAUAAAAAAUAUUUGAUUCAACCCACAUUCCCACUGUUAAGAUAAGAAAGCUGUCUCUUUUAUGUACUAGACCUAUAUUUUCUUACAUUUUCUGUUACAUAAUUUAAGUUUUUUUGAACUACCCAUGUGAUUCUGUGUAAAAUAACCAAAGAAAAUGUCACAAAAUUUAGGUCUGGGUUAAGAUUAAUUUAAUGUAAAGUUAAAGCGGAAUUUUCGGAAAAUUGUAAAGUUAUCUUGUGUAUAGAUUAGAUGAAGGAAAUGUCGAUGGCUCCUAAGUAUACUUUGUCAGCUACAUAACAAAUGUGUGAGGACAAGUAACUUCUGAAUGGCGCCGGUGUUUAAGUUUCAAAGAGUGUAGUUAAACAUAAACUAGACAAUGUCACAGGGCCGUAGUGUAAAAUUUGAUAGUAGAAUUGAUAAAUACAGAUCGCUGGACGCCGUUCGCAUAAUGAAAAUCAUGUUUAUCAUAUUUUAGACGAAUUUGUUGAUGUUUGUACAUUGGAUAGAUCUAAAACCCUAAAAAGAUAUUUUUAGAUAACUCAUUAUGCACAGAAGCCAUCGAUUUACAUUUUACUUUGUUAAAAGCACUAAUUAAAUACUUAAUACAGUGCUUGUUCAUGGUCCCUGCACAUUUGAUAUUGAUAUCAAACUUAGGAACAGUUGGUUGUUUAUCUGCAUUUCGAUAAAUAGUAAGUCCAGUUCUUACUUUGUCUCACAAACACAUUUGCCACCAGUACAUAGUGCUAAAUACCAAUAUCUUUAAUAUCCAAUUCACAAUAACUGAUAUUUUAGAUGGAAGCUCUAAUGAAUGUUUAGAGCUCAUCCGCACUCUGUUCCUGAGUCUGUAAUUGUAAGGAGUUGUCUGCCUACCGCCUUUUACAUUAUGUCAGUCUAGGAUAGUUAACAAUGUAACAUAACGGACUUGGUUAUACUAUUAGUGUAGUCAAAAUAGUAAUAAGAGAUUUUAAGUCAAAGAAAGCAAGUUAAAUUGUUUAAAAUGUGUUAUUAUUUAUGUCUUAAAGUAUUAAAAUGGUUAUUUCUUAUUAAUUAGUUUGUAAAGGAUAAUCAUCUGUAUGCUUAAUCAAGCGACUUUAUAGUAUGACACAUUACGCAAAAACCAAUAAAACAUUUGUUACACAAAAAUAUGCAUAGUUUAUGAAUAUUUUAUUAUUUAUUUCAUAAACUUCGAAAAUUCAGACAAUGUGUGAGGAAAUAUCUCGAUUCUCGAGUCAUUUGUAAACAUCUUACUCUAUUUCGAAGUUAUUUUUAUUAAAAUAUUAAAUUGAACCAUUGGGAACUACUUGAAUAUCCCACCACCAGACAUUUACAUUUAAUUCACAAACCUGUUUGACAUUUACAUACAUUUUAAUAUUUUUAUACAUAAUAGACUUUUUAAAUAACAAUAAAAUAGGUACUGAUCAAUUUUAUCUAGAGUAGCACACAAAGAUUUAACCAACACGAUUUUUGGUAUAGUGUGCGUGUUUUAUUGGUUUUAUGCAUCAUCUAAUCAAUAUUUCUAUUUUCUACACUCUAUCGCAUUUCUAAUAUUUAGUGUUAUUAGGUUUUUCUAAUAUUGUAUUAUUUUCGAUUUAUGACUUUUAAAAAUUCAGUUAAACUGCAUUUAUUUUAAGUGCUUGGUUCAAAUAGAUGAUUAAUUUUGUAGAGUUUCAUUAAGUUUCUUAAGAACCUGAUCAUUAGCAAUGGGGUUUUCUGUCGCUGAAAAAACUACCUAUACAUGCUCAUUAGGUAAGUUACAUUUUCUAUGUUAAUCAGUAACAUCAUUACCCCGUUUCUAUUAAGCUCAAGUUCCUAUAUAGUUGUAAACAUAUUUUUACCGUUGAUGUACUAAGAUACCUUAUGAUAAAGUGUAGAAAAUACUGCUUGGAUGUUUCCUUUUUUUAUAUGAAAUUGAUACAAAUAUUUCCUCUGAUUUUAAUUGUACCACAUUCGACCUAUAUUUACGAAUAAUAUUUAUAAAUGAUUCAUA